GAAGGUUGGUCGCUUCGCUUGUCUUGUUGCAUAUUUUAAUAUUUUAUUUCGUUUGUUGUUUUGUCAAUUUAAAGUGUUGGAAACUUAUUUCGAUUGAAACAUUAAAUUUAGUAUACCACUAGCUAUACCGUCGAGCGGUCGGAAUUUGGUAGUUUAGUGGAUGUAAAAUUAUUUGAUAAUUUUUUUAUUUUUAAUUUUCAAACGCAGUGGGUGUGAAGAAUAUGUGAAGGCAUUAUUAUACCUAUUUACAUACUUAACGCGGGUGUUUGAAUAAAGUGUAACAACACACAAUAAAAUAAGAAAAAAAAAUCAUUCGCUGAAUUUCUAACAAAUGGAUAAAGAAAGUAUUUUUGCAUAGAUAAUUAUUAAAGAUAGUUUUUCGUUUUAAGCUGUGAUUUUUGUUUAAAAAGAAGAAAAACACAAUAUAUCUACUUGAUUUGUAUUUAAAAAGAACACCUAUACCUAAUUUAACUCAAAAGGAUUAUUUUGGAUAACCAUCAAAAUGAGGAUUUACUUCCUAUUGGUUCUUGUGAUUUCCAUACCAAUUGCAACUGCCAAAAAGGAUUCCACUAAUAAGAGCACUCCUGUGCCAAAAAGCAGUCCCGUGGUGAAAAGCAGUCCUGUGGUGAAAAGCAGCCCUGUGGUAAAAACAUCAUCUACAAAUAAAACAUCAAGAGCGGCUAAGAGUCUAAGUGAAAAUAGGGGCAAACGAACCUUAACCAAUUUAGGAUACCCUGGUUAUUCAUACAGCCUUGAUUUCGGUAAUCGAAGACAAGGUUAUUCAGAUGCCAGAGCUUUCUAUUCGCCAGAUGGAAUAUACAAUGGUCAAAGUGCUAUUGGUCAAUACUCUCUACCUGACACUUCAAACCAUCUGCCAGAUUACAAUCAAUUUCCCCAAUACCCACAAUAUUUUGAAGCUCCUGAACCAAUAAUAGAAAUCAUCAUCAAGGACAGCAAUGAAACAAUUCCAACACAACCACCUCAACCUAUUGUGCAGAAGAAGAAAAAGGAAAAGGUUCAUGUUUACUAUGUCAAAUACAAGAAGGACGAAAACAAUAAGCUUCACCUCGAUGAACCAAUUGCUUCGUUGAGCGAAAACGAAGCUUCUACCGAUGAGAGCGAAGAAAUUGUUCACUAUCCGAGUAUUGUCACCCCGAUACCACCAUUGAAAACAACCACCCUGCGAACAGUUAUUCAUCCAGAUUCUGAAAAGUUCCAUAGUAACAGUGGAAUUCAUGUGACCUUUGGAUCAGAAGACAAAUCCCAGUCUGGUCAUGAGCUGCAGGAACAUAAUGCAGAAAGUAUUCAGAGAUCUGUAGUAGCGUUACCAGUUAAUUCAGGCCCUGGUCCAACUGCCAAUGUCCGAGCUGAUUUCAGCAGUCCACGAGGCACGGGAAUCGAUAAUUAUCAACAAUUUCCAACAUCAUUCUAUCAGAAUCAGAAUCAAAAUAAUCAAAGGGAAUAUAAGCCAGCAAUCCAACAACAACAACUACCGGAAGCACAACCGUUAACAUCUUUCCGUCCUCAACUGCCACUACAACAUCAAACCCAACCACAACACCAAAACCAACAGCAACAACAACAACAACUGCCACAGAUUCAACAGAAUUUCCAAAACUUUCAACAAAAACCCCAACAACAGCACUACGAACAUCAGCAUCAACAGCAACCGCUACCGCAACAGCAACAACAACAUCAGCAACAGCGGCCAUUCUACAAUCAAGCGCCUGCCAAUCCUCUGAGCCAUCCGAAGCCGCAAUAUCAGCGUCAACCAGCUACGAGUCCUCCCUCUCCCCCUCCUCCUCCACCACAAUACCAAAACUAUCAACAACAUAACUCCUUCCAGCAACAGCAAAAACAACAACAACUGCAACAGCAGCAAUACUACCAGUUCAACCAGCAACCAAAACAGCAUCCAGUUCCUUCAGCUCACCCUCAACAAUAUCAUCACCAGCAACAACAGCAACAGCAAUAUCAACAAAGACCCACAGCUCCCGCUCAAAAGCAAAAUGUCUUUUUCCCAACUCCACCACCUAAGUCUCAGGACCUUCCUGCACGGCCCAGUUCGACAUCUUACCAGCCUGUUAAGUUUCGUCCUACUCCAGUUCCCAGCGUUCAAAAGCUAGAAGGUCCAAAUCGACCACCAGUAGCCCAAGUUCAACAAUACAACCGACCCCCAUCGUAUGCCCAGCAGCCUACUUACUCAACACAGCAACAGUCUCAAGGUUCCCAAUAUGAGACCUCUAAUCGGUAUCAAAAACAGCAGAAUCAAAAGAGUCCGAGUCAUAGACCUGAACAGAGCUAUAACCAUCAACAACAGUUUGGAUUCAAUCAGAAGCAACACCAAUCUCAGAGCAAUUCCUUCGGUCAAGCCCAAUCAUCAAGUCUAGGCCAACUGCAUAGUCUCUUUGACGUUAGACCUUCGAAGGAAACUGAGCUACUGAAGGCUAUUCCCAAAUUUGAGCAGCAUAUCACAGAGACUGUGAAUGGCAACCGGUACAAUAACUACCAGACAUAUUCCGGAGCUAAUCAAGUCAUCCAUGAUAUACCAGCUCCAAAUCUCGGUCCAACAACCCCAAGUUCAGGACAUUCCCCAAGUUCAGGCCACUACAAUGUUGGUUCAAAUGGGCAACAGCAACAGUUCAGUAAUUUCGUUACAUCACCAAACCCUAUUCAAUAUCAGCCUUCCACUCAAGCUCCACAGUAUGUUAAAUCUGAAGAUGGCCAACAGAUUCAGAUAGUCACUCCGAUGCCUUCGACUAGUUUCUACAAUCAUCAAGGACAAGUUCAGUCACAGUUUAUAUCAUCGGGAUCUGGACAACAACCCCAAAUAAUUCCCAACUCACAACCCAAGCAACAGGCUUUCUACAACAAUCAGCAUCCUCGCCAAUCGGAAUCUUCACAAUUUAGUGUGUCAACUUUGCAUUCGGAUGUCUUUAAGGAGCUCGAGCACCGAAAAAAUACUCUUGGCAAAGAGAACGUAAACAUUCAAGCCAAGCAUAGCUUCAAGAACUUUGCUAGCGAACCAGAACGUAAGCCUACCACUGCAACCUCAACUACAGCCGCACCAUCAACGACGAGUAAGAAUGCCGCCAAGAAUUCCUUGCAACUUCCUGACGAGGUGCCCGACGAUCUCAGACAACAAUUGCUCAGUUCCGGAAUAUUGGAUAAUGCUGACAUCAGUGUUCUUGACUACGACAAGGUAGGCGAUGUAGCUCUGGAGAAUCUCCCGGCUGAACACUUGCAACACUUCUAUGGCGCCGGUGGUGGUGCCCAAAUAUCCGAGUCAAAUAAGGUUCUGACAGUUGUCAAGCCGAAUGGUGACAGUGUUGACUUUUCCCAGAAAAACAUUAACCGAGUUAAAGAAACGCACAGUUUACCACGGAAACAAAAUGUCGAUCUAAAAGUGGUCCAUUUCAAUGCCAACAAUGAGAAGAAUGUCACCGAUAAGCACAUAAAUACUGACUCAUCAUCAGUUGUUGUUCCACCUAUCGACUUGGCCGAUAAACAGUACAACAGAUAUUUACCGCUGAAAAUAAAUGGUGCUCAAUUCCCAAUUCCCGAUGUUGAAGAACUGCAGGGAAAAAAGAUUGCAAGUGUUGUGGUGCUGGCUCCAGUUGAUAAUUUGCAAGCUCUUGAGAAUGAACGAGCCGACGAUGAGCGAAUUGAGCGAGAUACGACGGAUUCAAAAGAAGUAAAGUUUUUAUCUGGUGACAUUAUCAAACAGCUGAUAAAAAAACCUACGAAGGAGAACUUCAAGAAAUGGCUAGAAAAGGAAUCGCGAACCGAUGUGGAGAGCCAAUCUGUGGUACUUUUGGUAGCAAAGUCUUCAGCAGCUGAUGAUCAAGAAAUCUUUAUGUACGAUAUUACAACCGGUGCAGUUAACAAACUCAACGGAGAACUAUCCAGUGCGUUUGUCAAUGUUGCUGAAGAAAAUGCAAGUGCGGAAAACCUAGAUCAUGCCUCGACAUUAGAUCCAAGUAUUCUUGAGAAUAUGAUGGAAAAAAUGAAAAAAGUGUGACUGAACUGAAUAAAUUCCUAAUUAAAGAUUCGAAAGGAACAUUUUACGCUGACAAAAGACAUACUACUGCUCAUUUAAAAUAAAACAAAUCAAAACAUUCGCCAUUUUAUGUACCAUAAACCUUCAGCUAGCUAAAUAAAACAUUUUAGUUUUUUUUUUAUUAUUUUAAUUUAAAUUUUUGAAUAAGUACGAAUAAGAAUGGAAAUGUGUCGAGAAAAUUAAUUACAAUUGAGUGAAAACAAGAAUGUAAACAAAAUUGUUAACUAUCUUUACUAUAAUGAAUAAAAUUAAGGGAACGCGAUUUCCUUGAAAUGUCAUGUUUUAGUUGAAACUUUAUAAUGUAAAACCUUUGUAGGUAAAUUUAAGAAAAUUAAGUAAAAUUUACUUAAAAUAAAAAAAUAAAUAUUUUUGUACAUAACGAAAAUUUAGCUAAAUAUGCUUAAUUAUAAUUAAUAAUUGUAUAUUAAAUAAAAUAACAGACAAAAAA